GGAAACUAAAGAUAGUCAAGGCGGCCCCCGUCUACAUCAUACGUAGUUUGUCGUAGUUUGUGGGAUAAGUUCGUCAAGGUCGUCACUAAUACGGCGUACAAGUUUACCAAUCGGUAGGGAGAUAAUUUUGGAAGAAAGCCGCAAAGUGCCGAACCCGCCUUUCCGCAUAAUUUUUUCUUUAGUUACCUGAUGACGUGAACUGUUUUCCGAGCCGAUCCAAAUAAGGAGAACUCCACGUCCGAGGAUCUUUGUUUCAAGCAACUAUCCUAACCUGGGCAUUUUCACCGACAAACUUCAUUAAUACCCACGACCUACUAUACCCAGAGGGCAGAAAAAACUAUCUUGAGUACAGUAUAGGUACAUACCUAAUGAAUAUUCAUAUCCAACUACCAAGGAAGCAAGCAUCCCCCCCCCCCUCACUGCCCAGCCUUUCUCAUACGAGAAAACGAGGCAAGAGGUCCAUAAGCUACUUACGUUAGCUUGUUGUACGUCGUAAGGAGAAAAGGGAACGAUUAAUUAGUUUAGAAAGCCAAGUAAAGAGUUUUAGCCAUUGGAUUUCGAUUUACAUACAACACCUCUUAUUACCAUCCAUCAUCAUAAUCCAUAAGUAGUGUGGAUAUAGUUAAUUAAUAUCGUCAAUACUCAGUCAGCACCAUGGGGUUUAGAGACAUAGACCGUCAUUCCUUCUACGCGGGCAAGCCGCAACCGUCACCAACGUCCGCCGGCCAUUUCGAGUCAAUUGACCCGUCCAACGGAAACCCCAUCUGCAAGAUCUUCAACUCACCCCCCCAAGCCAUCGACGCCGCCAUCGCAUCCGCGCAAUCCGCCUUCCCCUCAUGGUCUAGCACGCCGCCGAUAGAGCGCGCGCGCAUCCUGCAGAGGGCCGUCGCGCUGCUGCGCGAGUACAACGACGACCUCGCGCGCAUCGAGACCCUCGACACGGGGAAGCCGUUCUCGGAGACCUCCACCGUCGACAUCGUGACCGGCGCCGACGUCCUCGAGUACUUCGCCAGCCUCGUCGCCAGCGGCGGCCUCAACGGCGAGUCCUUCCGCCUGCGCCCCUCGGCCUCCGUCUACACGUCCAAGGAGCCCCUCGGCGUCUGCGCCGGCAUCGGCGCCUGGAACUACCCCAUCCAGAUCGCCCUGUGGAAGUCCGCGCCGUGCCUCGCCGCGGGCAACUGCAUGGUCUACAAGCCGAGCGAGUUCACGCCGCUGCACGCAGAGUACCUCGCGGGCAUAUACCAGAAGGCCGGCGUCCCCGACGGCGUGUUCAACGUCGUGUACGGCGCCGGCGAGGCGGGCUCGCACCUGACGCAGCACCCGGCGAUCGCCAAGGUCAGCUUCACGGGGCAGGUCAGCACGGGGAUGCGGGUCGCGGGCGCCGCGGCGGGCGGCAUGAAGUACGUGACGAUGGAGCUCGGCGGCAAGAGCCCGCUGAUCGUGCUGCCGGACGCGGCCGCCGACACGGCCGCCGACGUCGCGAUGCUCGCGAACUUCUUCAGCACGGGCCAGGUCUGCACGAACGGCACGCGCGUCUUCGUGCCGCGCUCGCUCAAGAAGCCGUUCGAGCGCGCGCUGCUCGACAAGAUGCAGCACGUCCGCGCCGGCGACCUCUUCGACCCGGCCACCAACUUCGGCCCCCUGAGCAGCCGCUCGCACCUUGAGAAGGUGCGCGGGUACGUGCGCCGCGGGAUAGAGGAGGACGGGGCGACGCUGCUGUGCGGCGGCGUCGAGCAGCCCGCGAACCUGCCCGCGCACCUGAAGAGCGGGUACUGGAUCAGGCCGACGGUGUUCACGGACUGCACGGAUGAGAUGGCGAUUGUGCGCGAGGAGAUCUUCGGGCCGGUGAUGGCGGUGCUGGCGUAUGAUGAGGUGGACGAGGCGGUGCGCCGCGCGAAUGCGACGGAGCUGGGGUUGGCCGCGGGGGUCGUCGGCAGGGAUAUCGAUGCGUGUCAUUCGGUGAUCGCGAGGCUCGAGGCGGGGAUUACGUGGGUGAAUACGUGGGGCGAGUCGCCGGCGGAGAUGGCGGUGGGAGGGUGGAAGAAGAGUGGCGUCGGUGUUGAGAAUGGGCGGAAGGGUCUGGAGGCGUGGGUGAGGAAUAAGAGCACGCUGGUGGAGAUGAGUGGGAGCGUGGCGACGGUUUUUGCGAAGCUUUGAUUUGCAUUUGGAUCGAUUGUUAGAUGAGGUGGUAGGUGUCGCGAGUACUGUCAUGUGAGAGGGAGAUUGGAUGUAAGUAAACAAAGAUCGCGAAUACCCAGAAGAA